AUGGAGAACAAAAGAAUAGCGAUGUUAGUGGUGAUGAUGUUGGUGAUGGGGAGCAUUUUGAUUGAGACAGAGGCUAUAGCUUUUACCGAAUGUUACACAGGUUGUGUUGUAGUGUGUGGUAAUACUGCGCAUGGACUUAAAAAAGUUGCAUGUCCUUUCAAUUGUAUUAAAGAAUGUAUGCAUCCUAACCUUUCUUCUGAGCUAAAUCUAAAGGAAUUUGACCAGACUCAUUAUUUCUGCAAACUCGGAUGUGCUACUAAUCGUUGUGUUUCAAUCUCAUCGAUCGAAGACAAGGAUCAUGCGGAGAAAGUUUCAACAUGCGUGGAUUCAUGCUCAGAUAUGUGCUCCCAUUAA